AUGAAGCAAUGUGUCGGCCCGCUUGCCUCAAGGAAGCGUUACCGCCGGCAACAGCGUGACCCCGAGUCACGCCAAAUGGAGAGUGAAAUUGAGCUGCAAAUACUCUCCACCGACUUGAAGCUGCACGCCCAACGCGCUCACCUCCUCGGAGGACCCCGACGACACCGGACUUGUCUCCAUGACGACUGGCUGGGACUGCUGCAGUUCUACCUGACGUGUGUGGAGGUGCGCUGUGGACCACCCGCCCCCAUGGAGGCCAAAGACAACAAUACUUCAAAACAAGACCACCCUGAGCCUCCCGCACAGGAGGCCCAGGCAGACCCCCCGCUCCAAGGGGGACCGCAGAAAAAGGAGAAGGCGGAUCAUCAGGACGAUAAGAAUGGUGAUCAGGAGGAGGAGGGGAAAAACCGGGAGGAGGAGGGGAAAAACCAGGAGGAGAAAAGGAGCGACCCCGUGAAGGAGGAGGGCGCGAACAAAGAUGGCACGGGCGAAGACCGUGAGGAGAAAGAGAAGGACCGUCAUCAGGAGGAGAAGGAGGCUGGCGAGCAGGACAAAAGGAGUGAGCGGCAGAUAAAAGAAAAAGGUGGUCAGCACGGAGAGGAAAAAGGGAAAAAGGAAGAGAGCGAUGAAGAGGAGAGCGACGAUGACGGGGAGCUGGACAACGAAGAGAGCGACCUGGAGAAAAAAGAAAAGGCCGAGGAACACGAGAAGGAGAGCGGCGAUGAGGACGCUGAUAACGAAGAGAGCGACGAGGAGAAGGACAACGACGAACAGCUGGGGACUGAUGAUGAGUUGGACGACGAAGAGAGCGGCUGGGAGAAGGAAGGAAAGGCCGAGGAACCCGGGAAGGAGAGCGACGAGGAGGACACCGCCAAUGAUGAGGAGAAGGACGACUAUAACGAGCGGGAGAGCGACGAGGCGGUGGACAACGAGGAGAGUGGCCGGGAGAAGAUCAAAACGGCCGGAGAACGCGAGGAGAGCGACGACGAGGACACCGACGAGAACGACGAGGAGGAGAAGGACAAUGGAGAUGAGCAGGAGAGUGAUGAUGAGGAGAAAGAGGGCGACGACGAGGAGGCGGACAAUGAAGAAAGUGACCAGGAGAGGGAGAAGGAGAGUGACAAAGAGGAGAGUGACCAGGAGGAGAAGAAGGACAAGGAGAAAGAUGACCAGGAGGAGGAUGAGGAGAAGCGAAGUGAGGACAAUGACGAGAGCGACCAGAGUGACCAGGAUGAAGAUCUUGACAAAGACGAGAGUGACCAGGACGACGACGACGAGGAGAAUCAAAGUGAUCAGGAGGAAGAGGAGCGUGACAAUGACGAGAGUGACCAGGAGGACGAGGGAGAAAGCGAUCAGGAGGAAAAGGACGAGCGAGACAAUGACGAGACCGACCGGGACGAGGACCUGAGUGACGCGGAGGAAGAGGAGUAUGACAAUCAGGAGGAGCGUGACAUCGAUGAGAGUGACCAGGACGAGGACCAGGAGGACCAAAGUGACGAGGAGGAGGAGGAGUACGACAAUCAGGAGAAGGAGCGUGACAAUGAUGAGAGUGACCGGGAGGAUGAAGACGAGAGCGACAAGGAUGAGAGUGACCAGGAGGAGGACAAACAGGACCAAAGUGACCAGGAGGAGACUGACAAUCAGGAGACUGAGCAUGACCCAGGAGAGGAGGACGAGGACGGAGAGAAUCAUUGCGAGCAAAAGGAGGAGAACGGCAUGAAGAAUGAAGCGGAGGUAGAGGAGAACCAGGAGAACCAGGAGGCCAUCAGUCACGAGGACCAGGAGAGGAAGAUCAAGAGCAUCAAAAAAGCCAUGGGAGAUCACGGGGAGAACCAGCAGGCUUUGGAGGUCCAAGGCUACCAGGCCUGGAACACAGCAGCCAGGAGGCGCUGGAUCGAAAGAUGGAGAAUGGGGAGGAGACUGACGGGAAGGCGCUGGGUGAUCAUGAGGGGGAGGAGGUACAGAGCCAUGAGGAGGCGCUGGAUGACCACCAGGAGGCGAUCCAGAGCAAAGAAGAGAGUGGCCGUGAUGAAGAAGAGGGAGAGGAGAGUGACCGUGUGA